CAACCCCGGGACGCGAGGAGCCGGAGAACCGGGGGGGAUCCGUCAAGCCGGAGGGAGAUGUCGGACUCGGCUGGAGGGGGCGAGAGCGGGGGUGCGGUGGGUGCGGUGCAGGACUCGGAGGCGGACAGCGAGCCUCCUCAACGGGCUCCAGCUUCACCCCCUGAUGAAGGCUCAGAUGGGGCGUCGUCGCCUUCUGCCAAGCGGCCCAGGAUGAGCGAGGAGGAACCGAAGCAGGCUGCGGAGUCAGUGGAUGAAGAGCUGUCAGCACAAGCAGAGCUCCCACCAGCACAAAAAGCAGAAGAUCAAUCACAGCCUGAGGAGUUGACAGUCAUCGGAGAAGACGAAGAAGAGUGCCAUCAGAACGGAGACCGUGGCCGUGACGGCAGUGUCGAAGGAGAUCCCAAACCGGAGGAGGAGCACAACGGUGACGGGUCUCCAGACAGCCGCGGUGACGGACAGCACCUCGGGUUGGAUUUUACCCAGAAUCCCCAGGUGCUGACUGGAUCCUGGGCGGAGUACUCCAGCCUCCCUGAGAAUUACCUCAAAGGCUGCAAAUGGGCCCCCGAUGGUUCUUGUAUCCUGACCAACAGUGCAGACAAUGUACUCCGGGUGUACAACCUCCCUCCGGAGAUUUACAGCUACAACUGGGAUCUGCUCCCCGAGAUGAGUCCGGUGCUGCGUAUGGCCGAGGGAGACACCGUCUACGACUACUGCUGGUACCCCAAGAUGAACUCCAUGGCGCCGGACACGUGCUUCCUCGCCAGCAGCAGCCGCGACAACCCCGUCCACGUGUGGGACGCCUUCUACGGCGAGGUGCGCGCCAGCUUCCGGCCCUACAACCACCUGGACGAGCUGACGGCCGCCCACUCGCUCUGCUUCUCGCCGGACGGGGCGCAGCUCUACUGCGGCUUCGACAAGACGGUCCGGGUCUUCCACACCGAGCGUCCCGGGAGAGACUGCGAGGAGCGGCACACCGUAGUGAAGAAGCAAGGCCAGAGUGGCAUCAUCUCCUGCUUUGGCUUCAGCCCCUGCCAGUCUGUUUACGCCUGCGGCUCCUACUCCCGCUGCGCCGGCCUCUACUCCUGCCAGGACGGCACCCUGCUGGCCCUGCUGCCCACCCGCCACCACGGGGGCCUCACCCACCUGCUCUUCUCCCCCGACGGCAACUACCUGUACACGGGCGGACGGAAGGAUCCAGAGAUCCUCUGCUGGGACCUCCGAGAGCCGGGGAAGGUUGUGUUUUCUCUGAAGAGGAACGUGGACACAAACCAGCGCAUCUACUUCGACCUGGACCAGUCGGGCAGGUACCUGCUGAGUGGAGACACCGAGGGAGUGGUGUCGGUGUGGGACACACACACGGCGUCUCCCGACGGAGACGAGGAGCUGCUGCAGCCUCAGCUCCGCUUCCAGGCGUACUGGGACUGCACCAACGGCGUCAGUAUUCACCCCUUCAUGCCCCUCCUGGCGACCUCCAGUGGCCAGAGGCAGUUCCCGUGGCCCGGCGACAGCGAGGGCGACUCGGCGUCCGACACGGAGGGCGGCGGCGGCGGCGCCGUCAUGUCCCAGCGGGACACCCGGCAGGACAACGCUCUGACCCUGUGGUGGGCCGGACCGCUCGGCCCCUCCCCCUCCCCCGAGGGAAACCAGGAGCAGCAGCAGCAGGAGGAGGCGGAGACGGUGGAGGCGUGAAGAUCCAGCUCACAGCUCCACCUGCUUCCUGAGAGUGUUUGAUGUGUGUGUGUGCGUGUGUGUGUGUGUGUGUGUGGAGCUGAUUGCAGAUUCAUCUCGCUGCUCACGCCGAGGUGGAGAACGACGCCCGGCUCCUCGGUUGAUUUGAUUGAAGGUCAUGUGAGACACAGAUACCACAUCAAGACUUAUGAGUUCGAACACAUUAAUGCCAGCAUCGCUUUUUUACAUGGUGGAGGAGGCGACACAGCAGAGUUUUCUUUUUUAACCUUUUUUUUUUUUUACUUGAAUCGACUGAUUUGAGAAGUUUUCAAGGUAUGAGAACAGUCCUGUUGUUUAAACUCAGAUAUUCACAAACACUUUAAAACCUUAAAUUGAGUGAAUUUCCCAUGAAGUUGCCAAUUCUCCAAGCAGAUAACAGGUCAGUUUCUUCUACAUGUUUUUCUUUCAGGUUUCAGCCAACAUGAUAUAUCCAGACUAUAAGGGGAUAAAUCUUCCCCCCGAUGUGAUCUGUAUCCGUGGGUGUGUUUGUUUACGUGUAACGCUGAGGUCUCCUUCCUUGCUAUAUAGUCCCAGUAAGUGCCAUUUGUUCUCGAGCUUUUUCGCUUAUUUUUUUUUUCUUUUUGUAAACCGAGUGGAUCUCCUGUUUUUAACUUUUUUUUUUUUUAAAAAAAAGAAAAGAAAAAUGCAGGAAGUGUGUGUGUUUGCGCGCGUGUGUCCAACAAAUGUAUAUUUUUGUAAAAGCCGUGAUGACGAUUCUUAAUUUUGUGAAUGUAACCGCCUCUCUUCCCGCAGCUAGUGUGUGAUCACUGUAACCUCACGGGCCCGUCUGAGGACGUCCUCAGUCGGAGGAGUGAGCGUCCGUUACUUUUUCUACAGAUUGCGUUUGUACGGGUGGGGAGUGGCGUUCGCGUCUGGGCCGUCUCGUGGGAGUCGGAGAUGUCAGAAGUCUCUAGAUCGAUGGCUCUGCCUGCAACAGGUGGUUUUAUUCAUGCUGGAGGGGAUUAAAAAGCAUAUCUCUUAACAAAUCCACCGUCUCGCUGGUUUCUCUGCUCGGCGCUGAAGGCGGUUCAGAGUCGGACACCCUGUAAUAAAUAUCCCGGCUGCGAGCCAGACGGCGUUCCUCUCCAGUCGAGAGGCGGCUCUUUAGAAGCUAAAGGGACUAUUGGCUUUCACUUAUGAGAUGGAAACUAUUCAUAGCUUUCACCUUUUUUUUUUUCCCCACACACACACACACACACACGUCCUGCAUGAACGCACACACACGAGCACACACUCAUGGAUUUGAUUGUCUGACACCGCGGGGCGCACGCCGAGCCCUGAGCCGCGCUGUUGUGUGGAGCCGGUUGCCUAGCGACCGUCUCCGCCUUGGGAGAGGAAAGUAGGUAGAAAGACGACAGGAUGGAAAAUUGGAGGGACAGAAAGAGGAGGGGGUGGAG